GAGCUUCUCUCUCUCUCUCUCUCUCUCUCUCUCUCUCUCUCUGAUUACAUAAAUGAACUGCUACAUAGAAAAUAAGUCAUGUUGCUACUUCCACCCCAGGGAAGUAGUAGUAGGCAUAUGUGCAAUUUGCUUGAAAGAGAAGCUUCUCAUUUUGGCUUCUAAAAAAAGCCAAACUCCUCCUAACAAGGAGGCCAAGAAGUGCUCCAGAGUCCUCAGGAAGAAGCCCAGCAUAACCCUGCCCAAAGUGUUUGCUCUGAGCUCAUUUCUGCACCGACCCGAGCCGCGAAAACACGGAUCCGACCACAAAUCCGGCGAAGGUUCGAUCGCGAGCCUCGAUGAUUCAUUCAUAUCAAUCAAGUUCGAGGAAAAUGGAACUGCGCUGUGGGACGGUAGAAAAACAACCUGCAUUAGGCCGCCUCCUCCCCCCAACGCCAUUGCAAUUGGAGAGGAGAGCAGGGAUCAACUGAGGAGUGUCGUGGAGCACGCGAAUCGAGGCGGCGCGCUUAGGUGGCGGCCGCGGAUUGGCCACCUGCUGCUCCAGCUGGCGCGAUGGAAGCGGUCCGACAAGGACGAAUGGAGGAAAGGGGUCGAGAAAAGGAGAGGUUGGAUACUAGGUUAAGGCCUAGUUCAGUAAUGCGGUGGCUAAAAUUAUUAUUUCUAUAUUGAACAAUAUUUAAAAGCGUUAAUAAUUUUUUCUUCAUUUUAACUCUAAAAUUGCGACCGUAACUGUCUCCGGAGGUAUGCACAGUAUAAAAGAAGGAAAAAUUAAAAGCCGUUUCGAAUUUUUUCAAUGGUAUUGUUGUGCUUUGAAAUAUCCAAAAAUUUCACGGUGCUUAUAAUCUUUCCUUCAACCAACUUCUCCAAUGGCGGUGGACGUCGCAAUUUUAUAGCAUAAAAAGGAAGAAAAAUUGAAAGCGUUUUAAAAUUUGGCUUUUCAAAGUAGAUGCUUUAACCAUCAUAUAACUACUCUUUUAUAUUAUAAUAUAAAAAUGAUACUUUUAGCCAUCACAGUGUAGAGGCGCACCACAAUAGCAACAACACAACUGGAGAGAAACUGAGUGGUCACUGUUCCAUUGCAAAUGAGACAUAAAUGUGAUGUGUAUGUGGUUGUUGUGUGCUUGUUGCAAUAGAGAGAGAUAUAGUUGAAUGUAUCUGUUGUGAUAUAUACAUGCAUUUAGUUAGGAUGUCAAAGGACUAAUAAGUGCUGUUGCUUGUGAGCACCUCUAUUUUUGAGGAAAAAUUUUCCGUCACAUCUGAAAAUUUUCA